UCUCUCCCCUCCGCAGUGUGCCUGGAGGAGAGGGAGGGCGAGGAGGGGAGCGGCGCCGAGGAGCAGCCACACUUCCUGCAUGACCAGCUCACCCUCAACGUGUCCGUCCAGCUGGGCUCCACCGCACACCUGCACUGCCGCCUGGCUGGCAUCACCGAGCAGUCCGUGUCGUGGUAUCGCAAGACAGGUGACGAAAUUCAGCUCAUCACCUUUGACUUCCAGACUUACCACAAUGACGACAGAUUCGCCCUCAACUUCGAGCAGCCCAACGACUGGCGGCUGAGGAUCCGCUUCGUGCAGCGGCGUGACGAGGGCAGCUACCAGUGCCAGGUGUCCACUCACCCGCCGCUCAUCCGCACCAUCCACCUGCAGGUCGUGGAGGCGUCCAUUCAGAUCCUGGACGAGCGCGGCGUAGAACUGCGGGAGAAGUUUUACCGGGAAGGGUCGACGAUCGAGUUGCAGUGCUUGGUGGCUGACGUGCCCACCGCCACGGCCCUGCAGCUCGCUUGGUACCACCACCAGCACAGACUCAACUACGACGACCCCCGCGGCGGCGUCAGCCUCAAGACGGAGCUGCGCGGGUCUGUGGCUCGCUCGUGGCUGCGCGUGACUCAGGCGGGGCGUCGGGACUCCGGCAUCUACUACUGCAACGUGACCAACCUCGCCGCCGCCAGUGUGACCAUCCACGUGGUGCCCGACGAGUACCCGGCGGCCAUCCAGCGCGCAGCGAGUGUCUCAGCGAGCGGCGUCACCGUGCUGGCCGCAGUGCUGGCCUCACUCACCGCCGCCCUGCUCGCCGCCGCCCCGCCGCCUCACAGAUAGCAGCGCGGGACGCCAGGCGGAGCGCGUCCCACUGAGUAGAACACGGGCACGCCAGCCACCCAGCAUGACCAGUGAAGGAGUAGGAGGGUCGCCGCCCCCCAUCACUCUCCACCACUUUGCCCCGCCCUUGCUGUCCGAUCAUUGAUGUGCACCCCAGCAAUACCUGGACCACCACCCCGCCCCCCACCCCCAGAUCCCUUCCCCGCCCCGUCCCCUGCCUCCCCCCAGCACCCAGGCCACCGCUGUGUAGAUGUAUCCGCUGUGGACUUUGCUGUGUGAUGUUUCCUUAGUUUCUUUACACAUGUUUCCUGUGUAUUGAUUGUACUGGUCAAUAAAGUACUACUGUAUUAUUCCCCA